UUUUCUUUUUUUUUUAAAUCCAAACUUUUACCCUGGGACGACCCCAGUCGAUCCUCCGCUAUCGCAGGAUCCAGUCGCCAUCCACGCGCUGGAUGUGCUACAACAUUUUGUUUGUUUUGUUUUUUCAGUGUGUUUCUAACUGUGCGUUUUCUGGCUGACGAUCAAAUGCCCAGGAAAAAGAGAUUAAAUUACAUCAAAGUGAAAACGAAAAGAUUCUGAAAAAAAAAAGGAGAUCCAGCACGGAUGGAUUUCAUUGCAUAGCCUUUUAAAGGCUACUGUUGUUAAAAGGAAGGGGAGCAGCAAUCCUGGACCUGUUUAAAAUCCAAAGUGGGUCCUGAGUGGGAAAACGAGGCGGAAAAUGGAGACCAACAUUUCUGGCUUCGUGUGUUGCCUAGUUGCCGCCUUGCUCUUCGCCAACACGUGGAAAGGCGAUUUCGUCUACGACGACAGUCGAGCCAUCGUCAGCAAUGAGGAUCUACGUCCGUCUUCGUCGUGGAUGGAUUUGUGGCGCCACGAUUUUUGGGGCACUCGACUGGAGCACGCGGGAUCGCAUCAAUCGUGGCGACCUCUUUGCGUCCUCUCGUUUCGCCUCAACUACUUUUGGUCAGGAUUGAACCCUAAAAGUUAUCACGUAGUCAACGUAAUCCUCCACUCGUUGGUGACGCUGUGCCUGACUUUGUUGGUGCAGCCCAUCAUCCGGCGCCGGUGGAUCCGAUGGAUCGUCAGUUUAGCAUUCGCCGUCCAUCCCAUCCAUUGCGAAGCCGUCGCUUCGAUCGUCGGACGUGCAGAAUUGGGAGCCGCGCUCCACACGCUCGUCGCUCUAUUGGCCUAUCGGGCUCAUCUGAAAGCCCGAGGACGUCGACGAAGUAGAUAUCAAGCAAACAAAGAAGCAACGUCCAACACAAAAGAAGAUAGACGACAAGAAGAAGAAGAAGAAGAAAAAGGGGACGAAGAAAGGCAAAGAAUAGGGAAAAAACGAAAAAGAAUCGAGUCUUUGAUGGAAUCGACGACUCGAGCGCACCGGAAUCCUUUCGAGAACCGACAAAGCCUACUGUCGCUAUUCAUCCGUCGGGUCACCAUCUGUUGCUGUUGGUCGCAUCCCCUCAAGAAAAUCCAAUAUCGAGUCACGUCGCUAACGUCCGCGUCUAAUAACCUUCACAAACGUGACCAACAACAACAGCGUCGUCAUCAUCAACCAGACGACCAACACGACCACCACCACCAACAAAAAGAAGACGGCGAUGAGUUUGCGAGAAAGAGAUGGCGUUCCAACGACAAAAAGAAGACGAAAAAAGAUGAGCCGCUAAAGAAGGGCUUCGGCUGCUGUUGCGUUUAUCUUUGGACGUCGCUAACAGCCGCAGCCUUGGCUAUUUUAUGGAAAGAGACGGGCAUGGUGGCCAUCCCUUUAUGCGCCGCCAUGGAGCUCACCCAACAUUUUCAAGUCGGCUCGACCCGUCGUCAACUUCCUAGCAACCGGCAGUCGAGCGAUCGCAGCAAUCGUCAUCUUGUUCAGCAGGAACGAUGCGAAAACAAGAAAACAAUGGCCUACGGAAAUCUGACCCUGUUGGGAGCUGUUUGGGCCGGCCAGCUGGGACUGCGAAUGUACAUGCUGGGCGGUGAAUCGACGACGGCACUUCCAUGGUUCGCCGCCGCAGACAAUCCCGUCUCGCGCGACGCUUCCCUCUUGACCCGCACUCUGACCUUCCUACACCUGCCGGCCUUCAAUUUCGGCUUGCUCCUGUGGCCGGCCUGGCUCAGUUUCGACUGGUCCAUGGACUCCAUUUCGCCCGUCACUCGAUUCAACGACCCCAGAAAUGUCGCCACAUUCUUUUUCUACGCCGGGCUGGCCGCUUUGCUGACCAAAACGCUAAAUCAAUUCAAAGAGCGGGACGGAUGUCGUAAACAUUCAAAGCUGAUUGUAACGGCCCUGUCCUUCCUCGUGCUACCGUUCCUGCCCGCCUCCAACCUCUUCUUCUACGUCGGUUUCGUCGUAGCCGAACGAGUCCUGUACAUGCCUUCCAUAGGCUUUUGCUUGCUGCUCGGGGCCGGCUUGGAAAAGACGAUGGAUCUCACGCAAUCCAAGAAAUGCGGUCCAACCAAACGGGACAAAUUCAUCCGUUUGAUGUUGACGACGUGUUUCGGUGCGACGUUAAUCCUGUGGUCGGUGCGGACCUUCCAGCGCAACGGCGACUGGUCCAGCGAAGAGCAACUCUACCGUUCCGGAAUUCCCAUCAACCCUGCCAAAGCGUACGGGAAUUUGGCCGCCAUUUUGGCACGAGAACAUCGACAAGCCGAAGCCGAACACGCCUACCGACAAGCUUUGGCUCACCGACCCAACAUGGCAGAGACGCACUUCAAUUUGGCGCUACUGCUGCAGAGCCAAGGGAGACAUCAAGAGGCAUCGUCCAGCUACCUACAGUCCAUCCAUUAUCGACCCAAUCUAGCGGCGGCCUAUCUCAAUUUGGGAUUGUUGUUGAGCAAACAGCAAGGCCAGCACGAGCAAGCAGUUCAUUGGCUGAGCGCUUGCUCCCAAUUGGACGGAUCGGGAGUCAGAGAUCCUCAAGCUCACCGGCACAGUCAAAUUCAAGCGCUCGUCAGUUGGGGCCAACUCGAACUGGCCAGAGGCCAUCCCGAAACGUCCAUUCAACUCUACAAACAAGCGAUCCGUCGUACACCCACCAAUCUUCAACAAGUCCAGUUGGUGUAUCAUUCGCUAGCGGAAGCCUAUCAAUCGGUCGGCAAUUACCUGGAGAGCGAGCGAUGGUUCAAAGCGGCUGUCGACCAAGUACAAGAAUCAAAUUCUAGACAGCAACAACAGGCAAACACCAGACAACAAUACAACAAGCGGACAAUGAAGACGUCGUCCAGCGGAAGCGACGGCCUGCAAACGAGCCGGUCCGAUCAAGUGGCAGCUCAUUUGACCUACGCCCGCUUCCUGGCUAAAAACGCGAGUCGUCACGACGAGGCGGAGCAAUUGUUCCGACAGGCCCAGCUCAUGGCGCCGACCGAUCCAGCCGUCUACAUGCUCACCGGUCAAUUCCUGCUGGAAGCGUCGAGACCGCGUGAAGCGGCAGAAUUUUUCGUACGGGCGGCCCACCUGGCACCGGCCGAUUUCGAAGCCGUUUUCAACGCGGCAACGACACUGAGAGAAGUCAAAGAACUCGACAGAGCAGAGCUCUUUUAUCGCAAAGCCGUCCAGCUGAGACCUGACGAUGUCACCGUCUACCGAAACCUGGGCGCCCUGUUGCACGUCAAGGGCCAAUGGCGUGAAGCUGAAGACAAUUACCAACUAGCCCUUCGAUUGGUGCCCAACGAUCGCGUCACGCUGACCAAUCUGAAUCGGCUCCAUCAGCUGGUGGCCGCCAGAUCCAAGAGCCAGCAACAGCCCAACGUCGGCGUCAACAAUAAUUCCAGUCCGCUAACGCCGCAACAGGCAACAGCUACGACCGAAUCGUGAUAACGUUAUGCUUGAAUUGCUCUCGCUCAAAGAGUGGUUAUUCAGACAAUCAGUCGAGAAAAAAACUAAACAAAAACAAGAUGAUGGCUAACUUUCUUCUCUUUUGCACGGCUAUCUGUUUGUAUAUCCCGCGUGAAAAAUACCCGACCCUCCUUUUGUGAAUGUGGCGAAAACAAAACACGAACGUUCAUUGAAUGGUAGAAAAAUGCGAGUCAUUCAAAGUGAUUAAAUCAAUUGUGUUUUUUUUUUGGUUUUUUUUAAAGGCCUGAUCUCUAUGUCUUCUGUACAUCCAAUUGAUUCAUUUUCCCACCCACUUUCUCCGCUGCGUGCCUUUUUGUUUUUCUCUUCUCGUUGCGACAUUCCCAUAUCCAAUUGUUCCAGAAACAAUACGACCGAUUUCGCAAGAGUUGCGAUUUUUCUUUGAAAUAAAGACGCACACAACUGCGACAUAGCCCAUCCCUCCAUUAUCCGUACGCCAUUGUUUUUUUUUUUGUUCUUUCCAUCCACUCGAAAAUUUGCGCAUACCCAAAUUUGUUUGUCCUAUUCAACCAGCUGGCAAAAUUUUUAUCGAGUUUUGUUGCUUGACAUCAUUCCCCGCGUGAUGACGAAUGCAAAUUGUUUACGAUUUUCGGAAAAUAUUUUAGAGCAUCACCCAGGAUUGGAAUAAAAAAACCCGAGGCGCAAGCGCAAGUGAAUGCAAUUUUCAGCAAAUCAACAAACAAGAAAAGAAGAUUGAACAUGGGAUCUUGCCAUAUGUGAAAACAACCCAACGUGAAUGGGUUAACUGUAUAGAUAUUAUUAAUGUAUAAUUAUAAAAAAAUAAAAUAAAAUAAAAAAUAAAAAAAAUGUGAAAGAGAGAGGGGGAAAAAAAGGUGCGCAUCUGGUUGUGUGUGUAACCCACUGUUGUGAAACUAAAUAGAAAUCGGCUGUUGAACGAACAAUAUAUAUACUGAUAGCUGCG